UAUAUGAUUUUGAGACAUUAUUCGAAUGCCAUUCGGCGAGAUAUUUAUUUAUAAGUUUCAAACUUAGUAAAAUGGUAGAUAAUUACAUAGCGGAGGGCACUGAUGUCCUAGUUUUUCAUAAUUUUGCUUUUAUUGUUUGUUAUAAGCAAAUUAGUUACUUUUGUCGUGUGCUAUUUUGUGUCGCGAAAUCUAGAUUUGAAUUGACUUUGAGAUCCCCUUAAGCGCGCUUUAAAAAACAAAAAAUUCAUUAAAAUAGUAUUUCUAAAAAGUUAAUCUUUUAAUUUGUUUCGUAGAAAAUGGGAGGCCCAGAUGACAGUAAGAAGAAAGUGGAAGAGUUGGAAAAGAAGUUAGCUGAGACCAUGGAAACCAUCGAAAAACUGAAAGAGAAGUUUGCAGAAAAACCUGAAGGCAAAGGUGAAGAGGAGAAGGCUGAAUUAGGUAAAAAACAAGCAGGCAAUCUUCCUGAUAAGCGUGCUGGACGUCAAGAACGAGGUGGAAAGUGGGUCAGGCGCAGACAAUAUUAUGCUGUCAAAAGGCAUGAACAAUGGCUGAACAAAGAAGCAGCAAGAAGACUUCAUGAAACUGAAAAGGAACGCAUUCGUCAAGAAGAAAGAGGUAUUAUAGGAAGCACAAUUAUGCGCAUACUUGACAUAUCCCGCUGGAAAAAGUGAAUAGAAAUCGAUUAAAAUUC